AGGCCACUCUUGAAGGCACGAACCGGUGUGAGCCAUGGCUGCUUUGCCCACGACCGUGGUCUCUGCCCCGGGGACUGGCACGGUGUACCCGGGCACCAUGAACGCGAUGCCCACGUACGCACCAACCACGUACACGGUGCCAAGCACUUAUGGCAGUUACUCAGUGGGGACCGGCAAUGUUCAGUACCCAGGCACCGCUGUGGUCGCAAGCACCGCACCUGCGCCACUGCCCACAUCGUUCACGGGCUAUUCAGGCGCAGCAGCGCUGCCCACAACAAGCUGGAUGCAGCCAGCGCUUCCGACAGUUCAGCCCAUGCCCACAGUCCCACAGAGCUACCCCAUGCAGACUUACGCAACGUCUCCCUAUGCAUUUCCAAUGCAAGCUUCCCAAGCCCCUCCCCCGAGCAUGCCACCUCAGGGCAUGCUGGGAGCGCCAAUGCCGACCAUCCUGACCCCUCAGGUGCAGCCUGCGCAGGAGCCGCAACAGAUGCAACAAAGCAUCUCAUCACAGGUGCAGCAAAGCAUUUCAUCGGUGAGCGCUGUUCCGCCAAGCGGAACUCCGGCGGCCUCCCUUGUCGCAGGCACGCCGGCAGGCACGCCGCUCGCAGCUGGCACGCCGAUUGCCUCAGGCACGCCCUUUGGAGCCCCCACAAUGCCCAUGGCCUCAGGGGCGGCCGUUGCAGCGGGGACACCGAUGGCGGGCACGCCCUGCGCAGCUGGGACGCCCUGCGCAGCUGGGACGCCCUACGCGGCUGGGACACCCUGCGCAGCUGGGACGCCAAUGCAGUCCCUCCCCACCCAGUCCUUUGUGGCGCUAGGCAGCCAGGGCGUUCCUGCAUUGCCAGCCACCAAUGCCGUCCUGGCUCAGGCAAGCCUUCCACAGGCAGGUGUUCCUGCUGAGGAGACGGUGAAGACUCAGUCCAAGGACCUGCGGAAGGGGAAGAAGACAAAGAAGUCCAAAAAGUUCUUCGGCAUUUGCUGCUGAGAUGCACAACUUUCAGUCUGGUACAGUAGAGGUAUGUUUUGCGCCAUAGCAGGUUCCGCACCAGG